UUUGCUCAUCUCCUUCAAAACAGACAAAUUAAGCUCUAGUUAAUCUUAUCUUUUGGUAUAGGCAUGGAUUAUAGCAUAAGGCAUAAAAUGUGCAGUUUUGAGAUGUUGCUUCUAUGCUUUCAUUUGUUACUAAUUCUGGUAGCAAAUGCACAGGCUCAGAAAACGUUGGGUUUUGCGUCUGCAGGCUCAAGCUUUAAAAUUGCAAUUUUUGCAGAUUUACAUUAUGGCGAAAAUGCAUGGUCAGAAUGGGGUCCCCAGCACGACGAGGCGUCCACUAACGCUAUGUCCACUCUGCUAGAUGAUGAAAAACCAGAUUUUGUGGUUUUUCUGGGAGAUGUUAUCACAGCCAACAAUUUGCUUGUGAGGAAUGCAACCAAGUACUGGGAGCAGGCCAUUUCACCCACCAGGAGUAGGAACAUACCUUGGGCUUCUGUGUUUGGUAACCAUGACGAUACGGCAUUUGUGUGGGACGUGGAACAAAUGGGAUGGCUUAGUGGAAGCGUGGGAUUCCCAAGCAUUCAGUGUCCAGAUUCUUCUUUGGCAACAGGAGUUGAACAAAUGGUUGACUGCUAUUUCCAAGGGACAACCCGUGCUGAGUUAAUGCAGAUGGAUGCGCAACAAAGUUUGUCUCACUCAUCAUUUGGACCUCAAAGUCUUUGGCCCAGUGUAUCAAACUAUGUCCUUGAGAUUGCUUCUUAUAAGAAUCCUACAACACCAGCAGCCUUGCUAUACUUUUUAGAUUCAGGUGGUGGUUCUUACCCUGAACUAAUUUCAGAUAGUCAAGGAAAAUGGUUCCAGCAAACAGCGGCCCAAAAAAAUCCCGACUCGAGGAUUCCUGAAAUUGUCUUUUGGCAUAUACCUAGUCAAGCCUACAAAGAUAUUGCUCCUCCUGCUGGCUACCCAAUCAAGGAUCCAUGUGUUGGCUCAUUAAAUGAAGACCAGGUUGCUUCACAAGAAGAGGAAUUGGGAAUUAUGGAUAUCUUGACAAGUAGAACAUCAGUUAAGGCUGUAUUUGUUGGUCAUAACCAUGGUUCUGAUUGGUGCUGCCCAUCUAAGAACCUGUGGCUAUGUUAUGCUCGGCAUACUGGUUAUGGAGGUUACGGUACUUGGAAAAAGGGGGCUAGGAUUUUGGAGCUUGUUGAAGAAAAUUUUCAACUUAAAUCAUGGAUUAGAAUGGAGGAUGGAACAAUCCAUAGUAAUAUUACAAUAGCUUCUGCAUGAAAGAUUGAUAUAAAUCUAACUAGGUUGAUAUUAGUUACCUUAGACUUUGAUUUUGUGAGGUCUACUAUUUGAUAGACCCUCCUUUGACACUAUUUUGAUUCGAUCGACUACAUUCACCAUGACACAUUAUAUCAUUUUGAUGAUUUUGAUGAUUUAGAGGCUUAUGCUAUAUUAGAUUUUGAUUA